AUGAUUUGGAAUUCAAUGUGCGAGGUGAAGUACCUAGUGGCUGAAAGUCUCUCGUUUCAAAUUCGAACAACAGCAUUAGAACUGCUUCUCCAUCUACUUCUGGUGAGCCCUUCAUCACACGACUUUGCAGUACCAUCGUCACUACUAUCACUUGAAGCGAGGUGCAUAUGGAUGUUACAUACAAAGAUAUUGCGACUUAUGACCAUAAUCCAAGAGACACAUACAUUUGUCAAGGCUAUGACGUGCAAGGAAGAUAACAGUCCACUUCCAUGGCAGGUUCAGUGGUUAUUUUUAGAGCUUCCAUCUAGCACACGCGAAAUGGCUACUGCGAUGGCCACUUCUAAGGAUAUAAAUUCAAUGGAGUCAACGUGA